CUGAGGGCUGGCAGGGUGCAGGCAGACAUCCUCGCCCCGGGGGCCUUGGGCAGGGCAGCAGCUUCGUGGAGGGUUUCCUUCCUCCUGCCCCAGCCUGUGCACCCGCCAGCCACCCUGAACCGCGCCGCUGCAAGCACCUCUCAUGUGACCGCCGGCUUCCUGUGCGCUUCCCGGCCUCGGUGCCGGUGCUUCGGUGCGUACCGUGCCAGGCGCUGCCCAAACGCUGCACCCUUGCCACCGGGCCCCAGCAUCAUGCUGCGCCGCAAGCCCUCCAACGCCAGUGAGAAGGAGUCCGGACACAAGAAGCUCUCCCUCCAGCGUUCCAGCAGCUUCAAGGACUUUGCCAAGUCCAAAGUCAGCUCCCCUGCGCCAAGCGAGAAGGAAUUCAACCUGGAGGAGAACAUCCCCGAGGAUGAGUCCAGCAGCGCUGGCCCUGACGAUGCUGCACGGAGCAGCGGGAUGAAGCUGAGCAAGAGGUGGCGGGCCGCCAUCUCCCGCACCAUGAACCGCAAGAUGGGCAGGAUGGCCGUGAAAGCACUAGCUGAGGGGAAGCAGGCAGAUGUGGAGGAGGAGGAGGGAUCCUCAUGCCCCCCAUCCCCAGCCAGCAGCAUGGAAGAGCCAAGACACGAAAAGUUGCCCUUGUCUUACCUGGAGAUGGAGGAAGACAGGCACGCACCCAUCAGCCGCCAGCUGUCCAGUGGUGAGCCUGGCCCCGGCAGGACACCGGCCCCUUGCCCCAUGGCCAGGCACAUCCUGACCUCCCUCCCCUCCACAGGCAGCGAAAUUUCCAGCCCUGGCCCCGGAGGGAGCAACCAGGACAGUCUGCGGCUGGAGGAGAGCGGCCCAGCCUACACUGGCCCCUUCUGUGGCCGGGCCCGCGUCCACACUGACUUCACCCCCAGCCCUUACGACAAGGACUCGCUGAAGCUGCGGAAAGGGGACAUCAUCGGCAUCAUCGAGAAGCCACCCAUGGGCACCUGGACCGGGCUGCUCAACAACAGGGUGGGCUCCUUCAAGUUCAUCUACGUGGAUGUCAUCCCCGAGGAGACAGCUCCCACCCGCAAGAGCCGGGGAUCCAGCAAGAGCAAACGGCUCAAGCCCAAGACCCUCCACGAGCUGCUGGAGCGCAUCAAUAUGCAGGAGCACACCUCCACCCUGCUGCUGAACGGCUACCAGACCCUGGAGGACUUCAAGGAGCUGCGGGAGACCCACCUCAACGAGCUGAACAUCACGGACCCCCAGCACCGCGCCAAGCUGCUCACAGCCGCCGAGCUCCUCCUGGAUUACGACACAGCGAGUGAGCCGGAGGAAGGCGACAGCCCUGAAGCCCAGCCUUCGCCCUCGGAGCCCAAGGGGGACAUUCCCCGGGACUCAGGCUGCUUCGAGGGAUCAGAGACCCUAGACAGCAGCCGGGAUGAGGCCGAGCUGGGGGGUCCCGAGGGGCAGCUGCGGGCUCUCUCCCUGGCAGAGUCCUCCUGAGCCCGCUCUGCCUACAGGCACUGCCCCACCAAGGGGCACAGCCCGCGGCCGCUUCCCGCUCCAGCCCGGAGGGGAUGGCACCCUGGGGCAGCACGCUCCCCGCCGAGAUGCCGCGGGCUUGGAUCACCUCUCCUGGGUUUGACCCACCUUAUCCACAGCUUUAAGAGCUCCUCCCGGAACACUCGCCCGCUGGGCUGAGCACACAGGAGGCUGCAAGGACAGGAAGGUCCGUGGCAGGCAGGGACAGAGCAAACCCAGUGCUGAGCACAGAGGUCCCCCCGAGCCCAGCUCCUCACCGACAGGGAGGACACCCACGCUGCCUUCCUCCAGCAUCUUCCUCACAGCUGGGGUGGGCAGGGAAAGGUUUGCUGGAAAGUUUGGGCUGUGGGAGGAGAGGCUCAGCCAAGCUGCAAGCAGCCCAGCAAGGGCACUGCAAGCCCCCUCCCUUGGCCCUCAAAUGUUGCCUGCAGCUUGCCACAAGACUAGUUCAUGGGGACUAUGAGAGGGAGCGGGAACAACUGCCCCACAGGCAGAUGGGCUCAGCAGGGUGAGGCUGUCACCCGGCAGGACCCUUCCAGACUGUCGGAUCCCCCACGAAGCACUGGCCACCCCAAGCACCCCCGAGAAGGUGCAGAGGAGCAGCAGCCCAGCAUGGGCAGGAGCCGAGGCAGGGGCAGGCAAGGGAAGGCAUCUGUAUGGGAGCAUGAGGCAGCUGGGAACAAACAAACUUGUUGAUCCCCGGCUGGGGGCACCCACCCCAGCCCCUUCAGCUCAGCUCUCGGUGAUGCACAUGACCAGCUCCUGCACUGCAGCAUUGGCCUUUGGGCACCCAGUUUGUUCCUUCAAGCUCCAUCCCAAUAAAAGCGUGCAAGACCGUU